AACUCGGUAGACGGUAGCUAGAAUAACAAUAUAUAGAUAGAGAGUAUAUAUAUACACCAAUUACAGGAAGGAAGAAGAAAAAGAGUCGUGAGGAAAAUGAAGAGCUCUCUACUCCCAGUCCUCUUCUUCUUCUUCUCAUUCCUCCUCCUCCCUUCAUCCAUCUUCGCCGCCAUCCCAGCUCACCGCUGCCAUCCAGAUGACCAGAAAGUGCUCCUCCAGAUCAAGAACCACUUCCACAACUCCAGCCUCUUCUCAACUUGGACUCCGCAAAACGACUGCUGCAAAUGGCGCAUUGUCUCCUGCAAGAAAAUCCCCAAAACCACCGUCUACCGCGUCAACUUCCUCGAGAUCGACGGCGCCGACGACCUCGUCGGCCGUAUCCCGUCCCUCGUCGGCGACCUCCCGUACCUCGAAACCCUCAUCUUCAGGAACCUUCCUAACCUCACAGGUCCCAUUCCGGAAGCCAUAUCCAAACUCACUCACUUGAAAUUCCUCUUGCUCAACUGGAACAACCUCACCGGCCCCGUCCCCGAUUUCUUAAGCCGGCUCCCAAAUGUCGGGACCAUCAGCCUGAACGACAACCGCUUGAGCGGUCCGAUCCCGGGCUCCCUCGGCCGUCUCCGUAACCUCAAGGGUCUAGACUUGUCUAACAACAACCUCACUGGGGGAAUCCCAGAGAGCUUCGGCGCGUUCGACCCAGGCUCUCAGCUGACCCUGUCCAACAACAGGCUCUCGGGCCCGAUCCCGAGAUCCCUGGGCAGGGUCAACUUCGAGAUCCUGGAAGUUGCCGGGAACGAGUUGACGGGGGACGCGUCGUUCUUGUUCGGGGAGAAGAAGACGGAGCUCGCGCACCUGGACCUGUCCAGGAAUCGCCUGUCGUUCGACCUCACGAACGUGGUGAUGCCGGUUGGCGUGCUGAACUCGAGCUUGCUCGUGCUCGACUUGAGCCAUAACAUGAUCUACGGACGGCUCCCGGACUGGUUAGGCCGGGUGCCAGUGUUGUACCAGUUCAACGUCAGCUACAACCAGCUUUGCGGCCCCAUACCCACCGCCGGAGGGAAGUUGCAGGGAUUUGACCCAUCCUCGUUUGGUCAUAAUAAGUGUUUGUGUGGGCCCCCCCUGGCUCCUUGCAAGCCCUCAUCUGUUUAAGAUGCAAUAAUGCCUACUCGGUGCAUCCUUCUCAGUCAACUUUGGCUUUGGGGACAAUAGUAAAAAAUUUAUUUUAAUUUGUACGAGUAGUUCUUUCUUGAUUCUAAUUCCAAUGUGCUUCCUUUUCUAAAUCAAUGAAUGAAAUAAGUUGUUGAGAUUUGAGAAAAUACUCCCUACGUUAUAAUUAAUAAUAGGAUAAUUCUAUG